AUGGCAUGGACGGGAGGAACAAACAGACCUCAAGCAUCUCAGACCACUGCGCCACCAACACCAGUUCCGACGAUGACUCCGACGACUCCAUUCGACCCGAAUGAUGUAGCAAGUCCCUUCUUCUUGCACCAUAACGAGAAUCCAUCACCGAUUCUCUUCUCCGCACUCUUGGAUGGGCGGAAUUAUCAUCCCUGGGCCAGGGGAAUGGAGAUGGCCCUGCUCUCAAAGAAUAAGCUAGGGUUUGUGGACGGAACCAUAGCUAUGCCAGAGAUCAAUGAUGUUAAGUUCCCUUACUGGAAAAAGACUGUUCUCUGGGCGGGAACGGCAGAAAGAGUGUGGAAGAUAUUGAAAUCGCGAUUUGGUGAGGCAGACAUAUUUCGCGUUUCGGACUUGCAUGCUGAGAUUCACCAAAUUCGACAAGGGGAUCUCAACAUAGGAGCAUACUUUGCUAAGUUGAAAGUCUUGUGGGAUGAACUGCAGGCUUAUCUUGACAGUGAUAACCUAUCUGUCUUCUUGAGAGAACUCAAUGACAAUUAUGUAUCAGUCCAGUCGUAA